AUGAGGGAUUUAAAACAAGAAGAAGAAAAGGAGGUUCUCAAAAAGCUUAAGUUCUUCAUUGGUGAUAACGUGCACAGGAUCCUUUCUGGAGAGGACAAGCUCUUCCUUCAUAACCAGCGCGUAAUGCUUCUUUCAGAAAAGAUGAGGGCUGCAACAUCCAUGAUAUCCAGGAAGAAUCUUAUCAUGGCUGGGACGGUGAUCGGCAGGUUUACUAAAGGCGGGAGCUUCCGACUCGGGAUAUCAUCGCUUAACUUUCUCUCCCAAUGGGCAAUACACAAGAUUUGGAUCAAAAACAGUGCAGAGAUGAACUAUGUGUACGGAAACAACUCUCUGAAAUCCCACAUAUUUCGAAGUUCAGAAGGGAUCCCUAUAAAUGCAGGUGUCUUUGUAUUCAACCAGCAUGAUGUUCCUCUUGGGUUUGGGAUUACAGCCUUGACGCCCCAGGGCUACUCCAAUGCAAAAGGCCAUGCACUCGUUUUACUGAGGCAGUCAGAUACAGGAGAGUACCUCCGUAAUGAAGAAAAGGUGUGA